CUGUGGUUCACAUAGUGGCCGGGACAGUUGGGCAGCCUUGGUUCACCUCCCCAUCCGGUGGUGGUCUAAGCGACCACCUCUCCAAAAAAAAGCCCUGGUUUGUAAUGUUGGUUGAUGUCUGUGGUGUGCAUACCCUACUGCUGGUGUCCAGGUACCAACACAAUGCCACUGAAUGUGGGGGUGGGAUGAGAUGUGCACAGUGGCUCCAUUGAGCCAGUCUGAGCCAGGUCUAGCACAGCCCACUGUGCCCUCUGUUGGGGGAGGCAGGAAAGCCUGGUGGUAAGAGCACAGGCGCCAGAGUCAGGCUGCCUAAUCUGGAAUGCCAGCUCUGCCUCUGGCUCGGGCAGAGCCCCAGUCUUUGCCUUCAGUUCCUCUCCUGUCAAGUGAGGAGGACAGGAUGGGUGGGCAUGGUGGGCUCCUAAGAGGGAGUAGCAGCUGGGAAGCCAGGUCCUUGGGGAUGGGCCAAGUAGGCAGCUAGGGCCCCUGAAUACAGUGCAGAGCCCACAGUGGGGCAGCAGGCAUUGCUUCGAGGACAGGUGGUCCCGGCUGGUUUAACACAAAAGUGAGUCAAUACCUCUGCUGUGGCUUGUGAGGUGCAGUCACUGCUGUUACUGCUCUUUCAUGGUCAGAAGUUUCCAGGAACCUUUUUCAGGUUGCAGGGCCACAUCCUAAGGUUUUGAUGCUCGUAAAAGAUCACGCACAUGCUGGGAGCUUGUACCGACUCAAACUCCUGCAUCCAGCUGUUGCCGUGUUCCCUACAGAACAGAACCCAAAGCUGGAGUCGUACCAGGCACCCCCGAGGGGCCUGGUAAGUGACAGUCAUCCCCCAUGUGAAUGAGAACAUCAGGGAAGGGUAGGGGACAAGGACACCUUGCUCCUGCUCAUCGAUCUGUUCAACCUCUGGGGCAAAAGGGGGAAUUUUUUCUGAGAUCAACAAGGUGAUGUCAUGUUGGGGAAAGUGUUUCCCAGGUGGCUGGCUGGAGGCGGGUGUCUGUGGCCCCAUCUGCCCCACCCCCUGUACACACCUCUGGUGGUUGAGGGUGACACAACCCUGUUCCCUGUCACUCUGUUCCCGCUUAUCUCCCGCCUUUUCGGCGCCACCACCUUCUUGGAAAUGAGUGAGGACAAAGGGGAGGGGGCUUAGUACCCCCGCCUCCCCCAGCAGCCCCAUAAAAGCCAUGUAACUCAGCCCAACACCAGAGCAGUCCUAGACCCAACAGCAGGACAGCCAGACGGCACAAUGGCACUGAACACGCGGACCCAGGCUGCCUGUCUCCUGCUGCUCCUCCUGACCAGCCUGGCCAGUGCCUCAGUCCUGCACCAGACGAAACAGCUUGCAGACCUCCAGACCCAGGACACAGCUGGAGCCGCAGCUGGAGCCACGGCUGGCUUGACGCCCGGGCUGCAGAGGCUGUGGAGGCGAGACACCCACUUCCCCAUCUGCAUCUUCUGCUGCGGCUGCUGCCACCCCUCCAAGUGCGGGAUCUGCUGCAAGACGUAGAG